UCCAUCCUUCAGUUCUUGAACUUUUGCUUGCAAAAUGGAGCUGAAUUUGGUAACAAAAGACACAAGCUGGUGGGUAUUCACUCUUCCAGCAUUUCUAGGUUCCAAAGGUCUUUUGGAUGGCUUUAUUUUGUUCUCUCUAUCCAUGGCCUUCGUGUCUCUUGCUUUUUUUACAUGGGCUUUUGCUGUGGGUGGUGUUGCAUGGAAAAAUGGGAGAAACCAAAAAGGUCACCGCUCCAUCCCCGGACCUCGAGGCUUACCAAUCUUUGGUAGCCUUUUCACUUUGAGCCGUGGCUUGGCUCACCGCACUCUUGCUUCCAUGGCUUGGAAACGAGCCAACACCCAGCUCAUGGCAUUCAGCCUCGGCUCCACUCCUGUUGUUGUGGCUUCUGACCCUCAUAUUGCCCGAGAAAUCUUGACCUCUCCCUACUUUGCUGACCGCCCUAUUAAACAGUCGGCUAAAAGUCUCAUGUUUAGCCGAGCCAUAGGCUUUGCGCCUAGUGGCACUUACUGGAGGCUUCUGAGGAGAAUAGCUUCCACUCACUUGUUUUCUCCACGGCGCAUUUUAGCCCAUGAAUCUCUUCGCCAGCUAGAAUGUACGACCAUGCUGCGUAACAUUACGAACGAACAAAGACUCAACGGUUUUGUCACUCUAAGAAAACACCUGCAGUUUGCCUCGUUGAACAACAUCAUGGGAAGUGUUUUUGGAAAGACAUACGACAUGUCGCAAGAUAGGCAAGAGCUUGAGGAGCUUAGAGACAUGGUCAGUGAAGGUUUUGAGCUGUUAGGUGCUUUCAACUGGUGUGACUAUUUGACAUGGCUCAACUACUUUUACGACCCAUUUCGUAUACAAAAGCGUUGCUCGAAACUCGUUCCUCGAGUUAGGAAGCUCGUCAAGGACAUAAUCGCAGAGCAUAGACACGGUGAGCCAGGAGAAGUUGGUGAUGAUGGUGAUUUUGUUGAUGUUCUUCUGUCUUUGGAAGGUGAAGAGAAACUUCAAGAUGAUGAUAUGGUUGCUGUCUUAUGGGAAAUGAUAUUUAGAGGGACAGAUACAACUGCUCUGUUAACAGAGUGGGUCAUGGCCGAGUUGGUCUUGCACACUGAGGUUCAAGAAAAGCUCCGUAGGGAACUUGACAUGGCUGUGAAAGACAGGAGCUUGUCUGAGGUGACCGACUCCGAAAUGUCAAAACUACCUUAUUUGCAGGCCGUCGUGAAAGAGACUCUCAGGGUCCACCCACCGGGCCCACUGUUAUCCUGGGCCAGGCUGUGCAGCUCGGACGUCCAGCUCAGCAAUGGAAUGGUCAUCCCCGCCGACACCACUGCCAUGGUCAACAUGUGGGCCAUCACACAUGACCCGCAUGUCUGGGAAGACCCACUGGAGUUCAAGCCAGAGAGGUUCAUAGAAGCUGAUGUGGAUGUCAGAGGUGGUGAUCUGAGGCUUGCACCGUUCGGGGCUGGGCGUAGGGUGUGUCCUGGCAAGAACUUAGGGCUCGUCACCGUGACCCUUUGGGUGGCCAAGUUAGUGCACCAUUUCAAGUGGGUUCACGAUGGUGAGCACCCAGUGGAUCUCAGUGAGGUCUUGAAACUGUCUUGUGAGAUGAAGUAUCCUCUUCAUGCUGUGGCUUUGCAGUUGAACAACUAGGUAUCUAGGGCAUUUCCCGUGUAGGGUUUGCGGACUUAUUAUAAUUAGUUGUAUACUGACUAUUCUCCUCUACUAUAUGUUAUGAUUAUAUCUAUCAUUAUCUCGGCUAUGUUUGCUGUUCGGUAUUUUGUUAUUUUCUUUUUAAAUGGCGCCUAUUUUGUGAUAUUUUACUAGGAGUCUGAAGUUGUCGCCGUAAUCAAUGAAAUUGGAA